AUUUGCAACCGGGUCACUCCGGGGGCACCUGACAUGACCAAGCGCGACUACCUGGUGGACGCAGCCACACAGAUCCGGCUGGCCCUGGAGCGGGAUGUCAGUGAGGACUAUGAAGCAGCCUUCAACCACUACCAGAAUGGCGUGGACGUGCUGCUCCGAGGCGUAAAUGUCGACCCCAACAAGGAGAGAUGUGAGGCUGUAAAGCUGAAAAUUACCAAGUACCUGCGGCGGGCGGAGGAGAUCUUUAAUUGCCACCUGCAGAGAACGCUGGGCAGUGGAGCCAGCCCUGGCACGGGUUUCAGCAGCCUGAGGCUGCGGCCCAUCCGCACGCUGAGCUCUGCCCUAGAGCAGCUGAGGGGCUGCAAGGUGGUUGCUGUCAUCGAGAAGGUGCAGCUGGUCCAGGACCCAGCGACUGGAGGGACCUUCGUAGUGAAGAGCCUGUCCAGGUGCCACGCGGUGAGCCGGGAGCGUUUGACCAUCAUCCCACACGGCGUCCCCUACAUGACCAAGCUGCUGCGGUAUUUUGUGAGUGAGGAUUCUAUCUUCCUGCACCUGGAGCAUGUGCAAGGAGGCACUCUGUGGUCCCACCUGCUCUCCCAGCCGUGCCUCCAACAGCCUGGGACUAAGUCUGGUUCCAGCCUGGAGAGGAUGAAGGCUCAGCUCAACUCCCGCCUCAGCCUCAGGACCCCGGCUCGCCUCCCACCUGGCCACACCUGCCUGCAGGACGGAAUCCCCCUGGAGCCUCCCUGGACUUCUCAGAGCCUUACCCCGGCCAGGGGGGCCGCAGCCAUCAGACCCCAGAGAGAGGCUGAAGGUGAACCCUCAGCAGGGACCAGCCCUUCCUGCUCCUGGGACCUUCCAAAGGCCCCAGGUGGCCACCUGCACCACCAAGCCAGGCGGGGGCCCGGCCAGAGCUCUGAUCCGGGGCCCCCUCGGGGGCUCCCCUGGGUUCGUGCAGGGGCUGGCCGGGUGCUGGGUGGCUGUGGCCGAGGCAGAGGUCAGAGCCGCCCCUCAACCGGUGGGACCACCUGGAGUGUGAGGGAGGAGCAGGUGAGGCAUUGGGCGGCUGAGAUGCUGGUGGCCCUGGAGGCGCUGCACGAGCAGGGGGUGCUGUGCCGGGACCUCAAUCCCCGGAACCUGCUCCUGGACCAGGCAGGCCACAUCCGGCUCACGUAUUUCGGCCAGUGGUCUGAGGUGGAGCCCCAGUGCUGCAGGGAGGCUUUGGACAAACUCUACAGCGCCCCAGAGGUGGGUGGGAUUUCUGAGCUGACCGAAGCCUGCGACUGGUGGAGCUUUGGGUCUCUGCUGUAUGAACUGCUGACGGGAACGGCGCUGUCCCAGAGCCACCCCUCAGGAAUCCAACCCCACACCCAGCUCCAGCUGCCUGAGUGGCUCAGUCGCCCCGCAGCCUCCCUGCUGACUGAGCUGCUGCAGUUUGAUCCUGCCGGGCGCCUGGGAGCUGGAGGAGGCGGUGUCAACAAACUCAAGUCCCACCCCUUUUUCAGCACCAUCCAGUGGAGCAAACUGGUGGGGUAACCGGAGGGGGUGGAGUAGGCGAUGGAAGCAGCUGGACUGGUCUGGAUAUCCUCUCUUCUCUUUGCCUGCCACCCAGAGCUGGCCCUUCUAAUCAGCGGCCCUCGGGCAAAAAAAUGAAAGGCAGCUUGCCUUUCCUGGUCGGGCCCCCCCCUUGGGCCUCAGAAGUCUCUUCACUGACCAGGAAGGGCCUACGGAGUCCCCCAGCCACGUCCUGGAAAAACCCUUCCUAGACAGGUGCUGAGCGGGAGGGAAAGAGAGAUCUAAGCCUGUUAAGCUGCGUGAACCCCUCCACCCAUCAGUCAACAGUCACCUGCUGAGUGCACACCCUGAACUUGAACUUGGACCUAUCAUGUUAAAAGGUGCCUUCCUUUGCAUUAGCUCUGAGCUACUAACCACCUGCUGAGCCGUGAAAUUUUGUGACUCAUUAUCUGCCAUGUGCCCCACUCGGGAUGUCUCUGGAGACUCAUCUCAGGAUACUAGUCCACUGGCUUAGUGGUCCCAAACCAGGGCUGCCCUGGCUGGUCAUCUUAACCAUGCAACUAGUGGGCCUUUUCCACCAGAGGCUACUUUUGCAGGGGGUCGGGAAGCUGGGGAGGCAGGGAAGAAGUCUGUAGUGGGCAUGGGGUGGGGUGAGGGAAUGGAACAGGACAACCCAUUCCCCCCUCCUGACCAUGCCCCUUAUCUUGUGAUUACAGACUUUGGAGAGCCAAAGGAAAGGAGGGGAGGAAAAUAAGGAUAAAGAGGAAUGGGGGGAGAGAGGAAGGCACAGCUCUGCCACUUAAAGAAAUUUUGGAAACAAAGAGCUCCCUUCCCCGGCUAGCCCACCCAUGUGGAGAGAAAGGAAAACCUGCCCCAUGGGUCUAAGGGGAGAUCGCCAUUCAGUCUCCAGGCUGAAGCCACUUGAAGAAAAGUUGUACCCACUAGGACUCCCUCCUCUGACGUUCGUCCUGUUUACCAUUUUGCAUUUUAGUCUUGAGGGUCCACUCAAUCCACUGCCCACUGUGACUUCAUCUCCUUUUGAAAUGAAACCACAAAACACAUGGAAUGAUUGCCCAAGCUUUUAGCCGGAAGCAAAAUGUUUCUGGUCUUGGAAGAACUGGGGUAAGUAGUUACCCCCAAAGACAAUUCCCUCCCCAGAUUUGGGAGCCUUCUUCCUCUCAGGACUCACCCUGUCACUGGGAUGUGGCAUCUAAGACAAACUUCGACAGAUCUCCGCCAACUCCUUCCCGCCUGCGUCUCUGAC